AUGCAUUCCUUAGUUACCACUGUUUACCUUGGUAACACACUUUAAAAGUGUUUUAUUUGCCUUGUGUUCUUGUUAUCUUGUUAUUUACUUUCUAUUUUUACAUAUUUUUAUGGCAGUCCCCAAUCCCCUACCUAGAAGGAAAUCUAAAGGAAAUGCAUUUGCCAGUGACAGCACUGACCAGGAAGGAUCCUUUCCUAGACCUCAAAGCAAGUCAGGGAUUCAGCUUGUCCAUAAAGCAGAAGUGCACACUUCUGUUGGUAGUAAUUCAGCAUCUAGUGAGAAUAAUUUAGCUGCAGAUAAAAAGAAAAAAAGACUCCGAAGGAAGUCUACUUUUUCAGUUUCAAAAAAGAAAAUACUGAAAUCUGAGGAAUCAUUAAAUAAUGCUGGUGACAUAGAAAUCCAAAAUAUUAAUGAGAAUGAUGGAGGGAAUCAGAAAAAUGGAAAUGAAACUUUUAGUGACAAAUCUUCUAGUCCUUCUUCAAACAAAAUUAAGCUUAUUCCUUUAUUGGAUUCUAAUAAAAAGAAAAAGCCAUCAGGAUAUGCUACAGAAACUCUUAGCGAUGAAUCUGAAUCAGAAAAGAUCUUCGUUAAGCCAUUGGUACCUCCCAGAUCCAAAAUACCAUUGAAAGUAUCAGACAAUAGUAAUAAUAAUUCAUUUAAUACAAACAUACCUAUUAAUGUUAAGCCACUAGAAAUUGAGAGCUCAGAAAAUAAUAUGGAAAUUAAAAGUAACCAUUCAGCUUCCAGUUACAAUUCUCCUCCCCUACCACUUCCGAGGAAGACAUUAAACAAAUCAGUUGAAAAUUUAGUUACAGCAGAAAGUAAUAAAAGUAUUCAUGGUUCUCCUCAGAGCUAUUGUACAAGCUCUUCAUUAGAUUAUAAGGACACUGGUACUCUUCCAAAACAAAGGCUAAAGAAACAUAAAAAGAAAAAAAAAUUAAAAGAUUCAAAUUCUGAGGAUACUACUCAAAAUUCUCAUGUAGAAAAGAAUGAGAAUAUAUCUGAAAAGUCAUCACCUAUAAACAGCAAAAUUCUGAAAUCUGCUAAAAAAAAUGAGCUCAUUUGUAUUACAAUUCAUCGGUGUGAACCAUUACAAAUUAAAGAUAUCACAACCAAACCCUUUGUCCGGAUUAUGAUUAUGGAUAUAGAAAGUGGAAAACAAAAAAUAAACAGUAAAGGAGAAGCUAUUGAAGCUGUUGUCACACAAACUUAUGAUUAUACAUUUCAGAGGUCGUCAACACCUCGUUGGGAAGAAGAUUUGAUCAUCCCAGAGCCUCUGGAUAUUUUAAAAAAUCCUAAUACAAUUUUAUUAAUUGGUAUUCUGGACGAAGAAAAAAAUAAAGUUUUAGCCUGGGGAUUUUUAAAACUUAUUGCUGCCAAUGGGGCCAUCAACAUUGGUAAGCAGCUUCGUUUGCAGUUGUUGAAGCCACCUGGAAAGUCUGUUAAAGAUAAUUUAUCAUCUCAGAUGUUUAUGUGGUGGAAAAAUGGGGGUCACAAAAACUACAAGAGCACGCUUUUUGUGACUGUCAAUGGGAUUUCUGAAAAUAUAGUAAUCCAGAAUAAUGUUGAUGAUCCUAACAAGACUGUGGUUAAAAUAACAACACCUGAGAAAUCUGUUGCACAAAUCAUAUCUGAGAAAGAAGAUGGAGAUUUGGAAGAUGUGAGAUGGGGGAGACUGCCUAGCUUGUCAUGCAAAUUGCCCAACAAGUAUUUAGCAAAGCUUCCUGCUGGUCCCGAUGGUAGUCUAGCGAUAGCCUACUCGCAUUCUGGUCUCUUUCUUGCUUCUGCUAACAAGCUUUCUGUUUGUAUAUAUACCUUCAGAGGACGCCUUCAUCUUUCUUGUAGAGGCCACCAUGGUCUAGUAUACAGUUUGAAAUGGUCUUCUAAUGAUAAGUAUCUCCUCUCUGUGUCUGCUGAUACAUCUGCUUGUGUUUGGGACAUUAGUAACAAAAUUGUUACUCCUAUUCAGAGUGUUUCCCAUCCAAGUUAUGUAUAUUCAUGUGCCUGGCUCGAUAAUAAUACUUUUGUAACUGGUUGCUUUGAUAAUGAUAUUAGAAUUUGGAAAGUCAGUGUGAAUAAAGUAUAUCAACAAGCAUCUCAUCACAAAGGGAAAAUAAACACCCUUUUAUCCUACGAUAAUUACCUUAUCUCAGGUGACAGCAUUGGUGAAAUUUGCAUUUGGAAUUGGAAUUCUGGAGGAAAUCUCGAGUUUGAGAGAAGUUUAGUUGUUCGUGAAAUAAAGGGGAAAGUAAUUAACAAAUUAUCUCUUCAUCCUGGUAAAAAAAGACUUCUUGUGCAUACAAGAGAUUCAGUUUUAAGGAUGGUGGACAUUUCUACAGGCUCGGUGCUCCAUUGGUUUCAGGGACUUGUAAAUACGAAGUUGAGAGAAGACAGUACUUUCUGCGGUUGCGGCUCUUUGGUUCUCGCCUGGUCCGAAGAUUCCACCCUUUGUGUCUGGGACUCGAACACUAGCGCACAAGCAGCGAUAUACCCCAACCUCAUUCCAGAUUCCCAGCCAGGAGUUAUUGAUUUUCAUCCUCGAGACCAUAUGAUGGCUGUAUCGGCUCACUCUUCGGUUACUCCUGUUUUAUCUAUCCUUGUCUAUGACAGAUUAUCAAAUGGUAGAGAAGUUGGUCUGGUGCCACUGACAGGAAGCAUCAGUGCUAUUUCUAUGAACUCUGAUCGAUCAUCAGGCCAUUCUUCUGACAGAUCUUCAGAGUCAACUCCGAAAAAGAAAGAAGGGCUCCUGAAAAUUCUUUUAGGAUCCAAGAAGAAAGUCAAAAAGGAAAAUUCCAAUCUACCUUUUGCAGAGAAUUCAUUCACAGAUUUUGCAAGGCUGUCAAGUGGUGCAUCAAGGCAACUAGACUUCACUGAUACAGCUCCAAAAGAAAGUAGACUUGGAGAUAUUAUCAAGCGGAUGGAUAAGAUUCUAAUUUCUGUAUCUAACAAUAGUUCUCUGUAUACAUCAUAGCCUACUUAGGUUUUUUAUUAUGGAGAGUGAACUGUCAUGUAAAGAUGUAUAUUAUUUUAAAAUAAAUUUAUAACAAAGCUCUACUAAUU